AUACAUCCGGUUCCGACCUGCGCCAUUUUGAUGAAACAGCGAGGAGAGAAGCAGAUCUGAUCACCGAAAUGGAUUUUAUGGAUUUAAAUUGAAGAUCAACGCGGAUACUCGACUUUCGUCUCUACGUGAUGGAAAACUCCCGUCUAUCGAAGAGGAACCUUUGCGUCCUGGCAUGCUAGCUGUUAGCACUGGUUAGCUCACCCGACAAGCAUUGUUAGCAUAGUUAGCAUCGUUAGCCGAGUGGUGGUUCCAUGUUGUUUUCAGCUAACGUUAGCUAAUCUCGAGGCGUAGCAUGCUAGCCUUGACGUUGGCUAACUAAGCUAACUCAGCAUUUAAACGUUAUAGUGCGAUUUCAGAACAACUUUCUUCAAGGUCAGCCGGCGAUAAACGUGACAUUUGUGGACUUGUGGCGGAAGAUUUUCACACACGUGGACGUCGGUGCGGUUUGUGUCGACCUAUACGAACUACACCAACACGGACUGUUGCUCUGGAGACCCCCUAACCCCGUGGCCCUGUGCUCCAGAGACUGCUCCCCACGGACUUGUGCUCUCCUGGGAUGUCUCACCGGACUCUAAAGGACUGAGGAGGCUCAGGAUGGCGCUCCGGCCUCACGUCUCGAUCCUCAUUUUUCGUUAAUAACAAGGACUGCGAGCUGAACCCUUCUCCCCCCUUUACACCCACCUCCACCUCCUUUUGUCCACAGUGUUUCAGCCAAUAUAAAGAAAGUAUACCCAUUAAAGUCACCACAUCUAGCUGUGUUCAGUGUUGACGCUGUUUUUAUUUUCUUAUCAUAACCAGGCCUGUGUUUUUUUUUUUUUCUCCUUUUCUUCUUGUGCUUGAUUGACUUAAAGUGCUGUUAAAAAAUGUCGUGUGUUCACUAUAAGUUCUCUUCCAAACUGGACUACAACACUGUCACUUUCGAUGGGCUGCAUAUCACCCUCAACGAGCUUAAAAAGCAGAUUAUGGGCCGAGAGCGCCUCAAGGCCACGGACUGCGACCUGCAGAUCACCAAUGCGCAGACUCGAGAAGAAUACACCGAUGAUGAAGCCCACAUCCCGAAACACUCGUCCGUGAUCGUCCGCCGCACUCCGCUUGGUGGAGUAAAACCUGCUGGCAGGACGUUCAUUGUAGAUCGUUCUGACACAGCUGUGGUGGGAUCUUCUAGACCCACUGAUUCUUCUCCAUCUAUGUCACUCGCCCAACUUGCCAAGACUGCUAACCUGGUUGACGCUAAUGCAUCAGAGGAGGACAAGAUUAAAGCCAUGAUAUCUCAGUCCAAUCAUGAAUAUGACCCGAUACAUUACUCCAAGAAGGCAGUUGGACCUCCACCUGCUCACUAUACCUGCUUUCGUUGUGGAAAGGCUGGUCACUACAUUCGACAAUGCCCCUUGCUGCUGAUCCAGGAUAAGAGUGUAGAGGGUCCCAAGCCAGUAAGGAUCAGCAAGGGCAUCCCUCAGAGCUUCAUGGUGAAGGCAGAGCCAGGCACCAAAGGAGCCAUGUUAACCAGCACUGGAGAAUAUGCUAUACCUGCUAUAGAUGCGGAGGCAUAUGCACAAGGAAAGAAGGAGCGCCCUCCGUUUGUUCCACACGACCAGUCAUCAUCCGAGGACGAUACAGACCCAAUCCCCGAUGAACUCCUGUGUCCGAUCUGCAAUGACCUGAUGACGGAUGCCGUGGUUAUACCCUGCUGUGGAAACAGUUACUGCGAUGAUUGUAUCAGAACUGCCUUGUUGGACUCAGAGGAGCACACCUGCUUCACAUGCAAACAGUCCGAUGUUUCACCUGAUAAUCUCAUCGCCAACAAGUUUCUGCGACAGGCUGUGAACAACUUUAAGAACGAGACAGGAUACACCAAACACGUGCGCAAGCAGCUACAAAAUGCAGCCCCGCAACCACCGCGCCCUCAGUUGGUCAGGCCAAUGCACUCAAGACAGCAGGACCCACUGAUGGCCAACAUCAUUCACCCUCCUCCUACAAGCGCACCCUCACCUGUCCCUCAAGCACAGGUCCCGUCACCUGCUCCUGUUCCGGCUCCCGCUACUGCUCCUGCUAGUGCACCUGCACCUGCUCUUGCUCCUGCUGCUACAUCUGCUCCUACUUCUGCUCCUACCCCUCCUCAUGCUGCUGCUGUUGAAGAACAAGAUCAUUCACCAGCACCUGCACCUGCUGUUGACCACCAUUCUCCUAUGCACUCCUCCAGCCACGGGGAACCGCCUCCACCGGGGGAGACAAAUCCAGAACCUACUGUGACACCAGACUCUUCAGGAACCUCAAAUUACCAUUUACCUGUUAUUGGCCACCCGCCACCUCUAAGGCCGCCUCAUCCACCAGGUCACCAGUCACGACCACACCACUCUCCGAGAGGGGGAGGCAGACCCUGGGAGAGGUUUUACAGAGGAAGAGGAGACCACCCCUCCACUCACCUCCAGACAGCCCCACCUCCUGCACCUAUCCCCCCAGUGUACCCAGCUCCGUCCAUGUACCCUCCCCCACCCCAGUUACCCCCUCCGUACACCUCUGGCCCAGGCCUUCUCCCUCCUGUCAUUGGUUACCAACCCCAGCCUCUUUAUGCUCCCGGACCACCAGGGCUCAACCCACCAUGGGUUGCCCCUGGUACCCAGCCACCUCUUAUGCCUUUACCCCCUCGGUCAGCCCCCCUCUCUAAGGAAGAUUUCUACAGACAGCGGCACCGACAGGACACAGUUACAUCCAAACUGGAUGAAUUUACUAAAGACUUCCACAAAGAGCUUAUGAAGUACAGAAAUGCCCCAAAGAGACGAAGACCAUCGUAUUCAAGAUCCCGGUCAUACAGUCGCUCUCCAUUCAGCCGUUCUCCUUACUCUCGCUCUAGAUCCAGAUCCAGAUCAAGAUCCAGGUCCUACUCUUAUUCUCCCAGCCGUUCCCGUUCCCGCUCCCACGGCCGGUCUUAUCCCCGCUCCCCUUAUAAUAGACGCAAUGGGCGCAGUUAUGGACGAUCACGGUCAAGGUCCCGUUCCCGUUCAAGGUCUUAUGGGUAUCGUCGCUCAGGCACACCCCGGUCUCCUCCCCCCUACCGACCACCAGGCUGGGAGGGAGCAGAGGGAGCUGGACCAUAUAGGUCAAGGUCACGAACUCGCUCCCCUGGCCCUGGUGGCUUCCGGACCCGCAGCCCUGCUGUACGAAAGCCGCCUCCUCGGGAGCUCCCACCGUAUGAACUGAAGGGUCCUAGUCCUGGAGGCAAUGAGCGCUGGGAAAGAGAAAGGUAUCGGCAGUGGGAGAAGGAAUAUGCAGACUGGUACAAUCAGUACUACAAAGACUACGAUAACCCACAUCCCUCAAUGCAUCACAGAGCUCGUGGCAGCAGAGACAGGGAGAGGGACAGAAUGUCCCCGUUAUCCAGAGAUUACUCCCCCCAGGGGAGAGGAAGAAGAGGAAGAGAUGAGAGAGGUGCUCCCCCUCACCAUCCUCAAUCCUCCUCCUCUUCAGGGACUAAGUCCAGCGCUAAAGUCCUGAAGACAAAGAAAGUAAAGAAGAGGAGGACUGGGGAUGAAUCAGAGACAUCACAUCAGUCGGUAGACAGAGGUGAUGCUACUCCUGUCAGAGACGAACCGAUGGACGAAAUCCCUUCACUCGUCAAAACGCCUCCCAUGUCCUCAAAGGCUUCAGUUGGAGCCUCGAGCUCUAAAGCUCCAGCCUCUAAAAGCACGGCUACACCCGUUAAACCCUCAACCAAGUCGACAUCGAAGACUCCGUCUGAUAGGAGUAAGAAAGAUAAGGGCCAAAAGGUGAAAGCUAAAGUUAAGACGGAGAGCGUGAAGGUAAAGACUGACAAAGUGAAGAAAAAGCCUGGAGACGUUGUGGUGACCAAAAAAGACUCCUCAUCCUCCUCCUCCUCUGGCACAAAACCGUUAAAGCCCAUUAAAACCAAACCAGAAGAAACUUCCAACUCUCUCCCUAAAAAGGAAAAGGGCAAAAGCUCUUCAGUGAGGCCGGCCCUCCUUAAGACCCCCCCACUGUCCUGCCAGAACCUUCCUCACCAUCAUCCCUCUCUUCACGACGGCCCUCGACCCGGCCACGACAUGCGGGGGAGAAGAGAUCUUCCACAGGGCGGUGGUCUCCUUCCCACCCCCCAUCAACACGGACUCUCACUCCUCCACAGGCCUAACUCCCCCGAUGGCCGGAGGAGGAUGGGAGACGAGGGCCGCUCUUUGCUCGGACCCCCUCCCGGAAAGCUGAGGAGAAUAGACGGGCUGGGGGUUGGAGGUGAUGUCAUCUCCCACUCUCACAUGUCUCACCAGCCCCCGGUCCACAGACUUCCACCCCCCUCUGACAGGCCGGGUCUUCUUCCCAUACCAGGGAGCCGUGAUAUGGGCCGGGGAGACUCGGAUCGAGGAUCCAUCAGACCUCUCAUGGACCUUCAGGUGAAGCCACUGACCCAGAGGAGGAUCAAGUUGAACAGAGACCUGGGGAGAAAGGGCAGCACUGAGACAGCAACCACUGACAGGCCACCGUCUGGUUCUGAGAAGACCUCCUCCACCUCAGACCGAUCAUCGACCACUAACCUCUCUGAAGGAGACCGACCCAGCAGCACAGCAGAAGGUGCCGUUAGAAAGGAGCGGUCGGGAUCUGCGGAGAGGGGAGUCGGCAGAGAGAGACCGGGAAGUGCUGGAGAGAGACUGCAGGGUUCAGACAGAGAGCAGAGUAGAAGCUCAGGACUGGACCGAGAGCGGGACAGAGCUUCAGGAUCAGACAGAGGCAUGACGUCUGACAGAGACAGAGACAGGGCCUCCAGCUCACAGAAACUAGCAGUUACAGUAGAGAGAGACCCAGAUGGAGAGAGGUCAGUGAGGACCGAGAGGACCGAGAGGACAGAUCGAAAGACCUCCAGUGCAGGAGGGAGGUCUGUCUCUCUGGAUAAAGUGACCAUCGCAGAGAAGUCGACCGUCUCCAGGAGCUUGACCGACCCUCAGGAGAAGCCGAGCACAUCAUCCAAGGAGAGAGGAGAAGGGUCAGAACGAUCUGCUAAAUCUGACAGGAGUGUGUCCAAGGACAGAGCAGAGAGGAGUGUCCCCUCAGGAGAGAAACCAGCUGCUGCUCACAGAGAAGCAGUGAAAGAUGGUGAGGAGCCUGUUGUGAAGAGCAAACCUAAGAUCAGCCGAAAGGCUCUGACAAGCCCCACAUCGAGCUCCACUAGGUCAUCUCAAGAAACAAAGCGGGACUCAGACAAAGAUCAGAAGAGUGCAUCCUCCAAACCUGCAGAACAGCCUGCCGCUAGCCCCGUGAACAGCCGGGUCCGCACCCCGAGCGCCAGCCCAGAACCCAGUCCAGCCAGUGAGGAGCCGCUCAUUCAGCCUCCUCCUCGCUCCAAGUGGGAAAGAGAGGAUGAUGAAGAAGGCCAGGAAAACGGACUUAGUGCACCCAAGGAGCCCUCACCGGUGCCACAAAAGGGCCGAGGCAGAGAGGGGCCGACUGAAGCGCCUAAACCUGUUAGGAGUGAAGGCCGGGAUGCUCCAAGGGAGGAGAGGCGAGGAGCGGUGAGAGAAGAGAGGAAAGGGAGAGCACCGAGGGAAGAGGGUAAAGGAGGCAGGACGGCACAGACAAAUAAUGACAAACCAACCAAAAUAAAACUUGUUAGGGAGGAGGGGAGAGGAGGAGGAGGAGGAGGAAGAGAGGAAGGGAGAGCUGCAGCAAGGGAGGAGCGGAGAGGUGGAGUAAGAGAGGAGGGGCGAGGAGCGACGGGGAAGGAAGAGAGAGCUGCAGAAGGCCGAGGUGGAGGACGAGAUGAGAGUCGUGGCCCGGAGCCCAGGAGACAGCGGUUGUGCUCUGACCUGGGCCGCGAGACGGACGAGGCGGCCUUCGUGCCCGACUACAGCGAGGGCGAAGGCUCGGAUACGGAGAGAGGAAGGAGCGGCAGCGCCAGUCUGUCCGGCAGCCAAGCCUCCAGCCCCAGCCAGAGCAACCACAGCGGCUCGGCAGCCACCAACACCACGGCCGACAAGAAGAAGAAGAAACACAAGAAACAUAAGAAACACAAGAAGCACAAGAAGCACCUCGCCCAGGACAAGGAAGGAGAACAAAAGGAGCACAAGCACAAACACAAGAAAAAGAAACACAAAAAGAGCAAAGACAAAGAUGUGGAGGAAGAGGAGGAGAAGGUGGAGAAAGUGGAGAAAGUGGAGGAAGGGGCUCCACACUAACAGGGGGCUAAUAAGGAGAUAAUGAUGUAUUCUAGAGAUAUGGGCUAACACUGGCAUGCUGCUCCAUGUGCCACUCUGAGGGGAACGGAUGAAACAAGUCUUUGAAUGACCAUGACACUGGACGGCUGUCUGGCUGUUAUCCACUUAAUGUCACUGCAAGUCUCCAAACCUACUCGUGGUACUUUGUUGUGCCUGGAUUGCAGCAUUUUGACCCCUGCUGAGGUUGCUUUAAUGUUCAAUGUGAACCUUUUUCCUUUUGUGACUUUGUGGGUCAGAGAAAAACUCUGAAUUGAUGCUGUGCAGCACUAUUGUGAUCAACCUAGAGCCGGGCAGAGAGAGGACUUAAUGAUAAUAACGGAUCCACGGCCGUGAAUCUGAAUGAUAGGAAUAACAAACACUGUACUCAGGGAUGUGAUUGCUUCUUUGUAGAGGAGGAAUUGCUGUUUCUCUGUCUCCCGAUUCAUUUGUAAAUAGAGAUGAGCUGUUGCUUCACAUAAUAAUAAUUUUCCCUCAAGUUUGUUUUGCUCACAUCCCUGUGUGCUGUUCAGUGCUUAAAUGCGGAAUAACCUUCAUUGCUAUGAGGGUCGUUGUAAGCUCUUUUUUUUUUCCUAGGACUGUACUUGUGGUUUUGCAUGUUUUGGCACAUUAAGUACAACUCAUUAAUACUUUCCAUUACUGCAAACCAUUUUCAACGUUCAUAAUCUCAUUUUUAGGCAGCCAUUGGUUUCAAUCAUGCCAGUAGUUGUUUUUUGGGGGGGAUUAUAAAUUGAUUUAAAUUAGGAAUAAAAGGCAACAAAACCUUCUUGGAUAAGUUAUCUUUCUACUGCAAGGUUAAAUCGCUGCAAGGUGAUUUUAUAACCAAACUCAAUAUGAAUGAAAUCCAGUAGUCCUCUUUGGAAAUGGUUAGCAUUAUAGUAUUUUUGAUCAAUGUGCUGAAACCAACACGAUCACCUGUAGGGUCCUUUUUGAGUUAAAUCAAAUGUUUAUGUAUCCAUGAUACACUGGAUUGUAUAAAUCUAGGAUGUGUUGAUUAAUAAUGUCAAAUCAGUCGGCAUGUUUUUGUUCCAAAGGGACAGUAGGUGUCCAUCACGCUGUCAGUGAGUGAAUGAAUGUGUGUUUGUCCGUGUGAAAGGGAAAUGUGACAGAUGUGGGACAUGUUGGAGCACUGGUGUUCUCACAAAUGAGUUGUUCGUUUUUUUUUUAAUUAAAAUGUUUUG